UCUCUAUUUUUCCCCUUUUCUAUUUCUCUGGCUGCUCUCUAUCUCUCUUUUGUCUGGGUCAGAAACAUGAUGCCGCCGUCUGAGUCCACGAUGAAGAAGGGAACAAAACGAAAAAUCGAAAUCAAGAAACGAGAAACCAAACAGCAACGAGCGGUGGCUUGCUCUAAACGCCGUCAAACUCUGUUUUCCAAAGCCGCCGAUCUCUGUCAUCUCUCGGGAGCCAACAUCGCCGUCUUCGUAACCUCUCCGUCAGAGGUCUCCGACGUUGUUUACUCCUUCUCCGGAUACUCUCCUGCCCAGGAGAUCGCUGAUUGUUACCUAAAUGAGAAGCCACCUCCUAAGAUUGAAGUUAAACCGCAAUCGAAGCUAGGGUCUUUUUGGUGGGAAGACCCUGAUCUAUACCAAUCUUGUGAUGAUCUCUCUGAGUUAAACAUCCUCGAGGAUCGUAUAGAGAGAGCGAAGAAGCAUGUGAUGGCUUGCCUUGAGAAGAAAGAAAAAUCGCUUGAGACUUGAGAGAGAACAUCAAUGUUGUAAGGUUAUUUAGUAGAAACAAAUGUUUUAUUUUAUUUGGCUUCUCUUCCUGAUUUUCCUCAUUGCAAAGUUUUGUGUUUAGCUCUCACCAAACUGAUUUUUAGAUGAUUUGUACACAAAUUCAGUGCCUAGGCACAAGCUGUAGCUGAUAUGUAUAACCAAUCUCGGAUUGGACAAUAACAGAGACUUGUGAGUAAUGCUUUUAUGUCUUAAUCUUGAUUAUCAUAAUGCUUAUUUAUGGACAAUCGAGCUAUGAUAAUGUUGUUUUUAACAUUUUAUAUCACCGUUCGUGCUUUUGUUUCCUUUCUAAAUCUACAUAAGAGACUCCUUGUUGGUGUUUAAAAUACCAACCACACUGUAUUCUUGUUAAUUUUGCUUUUCGGAGAGACUAUUUUAUUUGUGGAUCUGUUAUGACUUAUGAGCAGCUCUCUUUCUAGAAUCUUCUAAUGUAGAUGAAUGUUGACAGAAGAAUCUUGAUGGUUUAGUUCCCUCCGAUCAGUAAUGUUUACAAAAGAUUUUAUUAGGUUGGACGUGUAUCUGUGUUAGUAAUUUUGAAGAAAUACGGUUAAGUUUCUUGUCUCUUGCAUAUAUUCUACAAACCUUACUCAUAACUGAUUUACAUCGUACAGUAAGCUUGGAACAAAGAGGAGCUCUCAUAAGCCUAUAUGUUGUGGACCUAGCUGCCUCUAUUUCAGGUUUGACAACAGUUUGCUUCCGAUAGACCCUGAAAUGGGACUGAUUGCUUCUAGCAAUGGAUGAUUAAGAGAUAGAGGCACUUGGUUCUCGUUUGUUUAAGUCUGUACCACAUAAUUUGUCUGCGACUUUCCUUCAGUCUUUCUUGUUUUUAAUCUUCUUGUCUCUGAUUUUUCCUUUUACAGUGAGUAACUUGUCAUCUUUCUGUACUCUCAACCAAAAAACAGAAAAUCAAAAUUCCAUUGUAUAGCCCUAAAAAGCUCAGUAGAUUAUAUAUAUUGAAUGUUCUUAAUU